UGGGGGAUGUCACAGCGGCUGGUGGCGGCUGCUGGCAGUCGAGCGGUGGUCUGGCCGCUUUCCGUGUUGUGGCGAUGCGGCGGCGUCCCAGGAAGCGGCCGGACGGCCGGAAUCAGCGCGAGGACCCUUGGUGCCACCCGGCAGUGCCACCAGGGGCCUCACUUGCAACAACUGGCUAUGCAGGGAAGAUUGACUUCACUUUCUCAGUGGCUGUGUUCAAGACCACCCAAAGGGUUUGAGAAAUUUUUUAAGAAGAGUGGACAAAGCGCAGACUCAGAAAAUUCAUCAGCUCCAAAACCAGAAACUGGAGAGACGAAGAAUUCUGGGCCUGGAGGAGAUGGAGGCAAGAGAGGAGGGAAGCGGGAUGAUUUCUCCUGGUGGAAACGGAUACAGAAGGGGGAGUUUCCUUGGGAUGACAAGGAUUUCCGAAAUCUUACCAUUUUGGGAUCAGGUGUUGCUGUGGGAUUUUUCUAUUUGUAUUUUCGAGAUCCCGGAAAAGAAAUAACCUGGAAGCACUUUGUGCAGUAUUACCUGGCUAGAGGUCUGGUGGAUCGGCUAGAAGUUGUAAACAAGCAAUUUGUGCGUGUUAUUCCUACCCCCGGGACAUCUUCAGAGAAGUACGUGUGGUUUAACAUUGGCAGUGUUGACACCUUUGAGCGGAACUUGGAGUCUGCUCAGUGGGAAUUGGGGGUCGAGCCCAGCAACCAAGCUGCAGUAGUCUACACUACUGAGAGUGAUGGCUCUUUCCUCCGGAGCCUGUUGCCCACCUUGCUCCUGGUUGGCAUCCUCCUCUAUGCUGUGCGAAGGGGCCCAAUGGGGGCUGGGCGUGGUGGGCGAGCAGGAGGCCUAUUCAGCGUUGGUGAGACGACAGCCAAGAUCUUAAAGAACAACAUUGGCGUGCGAUUUGCAGAUGUAGCUGGCUGUGAAGAAGCCAAGUUGGAAAUUAUGGAGUUUGUGAAUUUCUUGAAGAACCCAAAGCAGUAUCAGGACUUAGGAGCCAAAAUCCCAAAGGGAGCCAUGCUCACUGGUCCGCCUGGUACUGGCAAGACCCUUCUUGCAAAAGCAACUGCCGGGGAGGCCAGCGUGCCUUUCAUCACUGUGAAUGGGUCAGAGUUCCUGGAAAUGUUCGUCGGUGUUGGGCCAGCACGGGUUCGUGACAUGUUUGCAAUGGCCCGAAAAAACGCCCCUUGUAUCUUAUUCAUUGAUGAGAUUGAUGCCAUUGGUAGGAAGCGAGGCCGCGGGCACCUGGGAGGCCAGAGUGAGCAGGAGAAUACCCUGAAUCAGAUGCUAGUAGAGAUGGAUGGGUUCAACUCCACUACCAAUGUGGUCGUGUUAGCUGGCACCAACCGCCCUGAUAUCCUUGACCCAGCCCUGAUGCGGCCUGGCCGCUUUGACCGCCAGAUUUACAUUGGUCCCCCUGACAUCAAAGGCAGAUCCUCCAUUUUCAAGGUCCACCUGCGUCCACUCAAGCUGGAUGAAAGCCUCAGCAAGGAUGCCCUGGCAAGGAAGCUGGCAGCUCUCACUCCAGGCUUCACUGGUGCUGAUAUUUCCAACGUGUGCAAUGAAGCAGCCCUGAUUGCUGCCCGCCAUCUGAACCCUUCUGUCCAGGAGCGGCACUUUGAGAAAGCCAUCGAGAGGGUCAUUGGAGGCCUGGAGAAAAAGACCCAGGUCUUGCAGCCCAAGGAAAAGACAACUGUGGCCUACCAUGAAGCUGGACAUGCAGUGGUGGGCUGGUUCUUGGAGCAUGCAGAUCCUUUGCUAAAGGUUUCCAUCAUUCCCAGGGGCAAGGGACUUGGCUAUGCUCAAUACCUUCCCCGUGAGCAGUACCUGUACACCAGGGAGCAACUCUUUGACCGCAUGUGCAUGAUGCUGGGAGGCAGGGUGGCUGAACAGCUGUUCUUUGGGCAGAUCACCACGGGGGCCCAAGAUGACCUGAAGAAGGUUACCCAGAGUGCAUACGCCCAGAUUGUGCAGUUCGGAAUGAGUGAGAAGCUGGGCCAGGUGUCCUUUGACUUACCCCGACAAGGUGAGGCUCUGGUGGAGAAGCCUUACAGUGAGGCAACUGCCCAGCUCAUAGACGAGGAGGUCCGACACCUCAUCAGCUCUGCCUAUGAUCGGACUCUGGAGCUGCUCACACGGUGCCGGGAGCAGGUGGAGAAGGUGGGCAGGCGGCUCCUGGAGAAAGAAGUGCUGGAGAAGGCUGACAUGGUAGAGCUAUUGGGCCCUCGGCCUUUUGCAGAAAAAUCCACCUAUGAGGAAUUUGUAGAGGGUACUGGCAGCCUAGAGGAGGACACAUCCCUUCCUGAGGGGCUGAAGGACUGGAAUCAGGAACGGGAGGAAAGGGGUACUGAGCAGUGCCUGCAGGAGAGCCCUGUGUAGUCUAUAGCCUGUGGAUGGCCACCUGCACCCACCACUAGCUGGGAGCUGCUCAAAGCAUUUGCAGAGCAGCUGCCAGAGUUAACUGGAAAACAAAUUAAAACAGGUGACAACUGCAAACAGGCGUUUCAGAUAAGAGCACUCAGAGUCUGCAGAGGAGGAAGCCAGGUCUUGGUCCAGCCAGCUGGGGAGAUAACUGAGGGGUCAGAGGGGAGCAGAAGUCAGAUUCUGGCUCCUUUGAAGCCAAGAAAGGUGUCAUCUUCCUGGAGAUUCUAGGUAUUGUGUUUCACUUUGGGACCAUUGGGAGCUGUGUCAGGCUUUCAGCAGAUAGAGAAUAUUAAUUUCCUAGUGAGCUUGCUUUAUGGAUUGUCUCAGAGCCAGUUACUCAAAGGAGUAGCCUGUGCUAGGCAGAUAAAGUUUAUUGAAGAAUAAUAAUGGAAACUGUAAGCCAAUUAUGAAGGGAAGCUUAGGUUCUUAAAGUUAUGGUGAGAAGCUGAUCAGUCCUUAGGAAGGCUUUGGCUGAGGAGCAGCCUCAGGGCCGUCCCUGGCCCCGUGGCAGCAAGGAGGUGAGGAAACUGUUUCUUCAGUAGGACCUGGCAUUUGGCUUUGGGGUUUGCCUGCCUCCACCAAUCAAGGAGUACCCAAUUUAAUUCCAUUCCCCUCCUUUCCUCAAACUCAUUUUGUUGGAAUCAGAGGGUAGGUCUAGGCUGAGCCCCAUGGCCACAUCUUAGCUUUGAGGGAGGGUCUUCAGGGUCCUGAUGCCUCCUCUGGCCCAAGUGCCUGUGUAUUAACCUUCUGGUAUAGGGCAGCUCUUGAGCAAAGGAAGGCCAUUGUGAACCCCAAACCUCGGCUGAAAGAGGGACCAUUUUCUUGUUGAUCCUUGCGAGUGGGGAGCUCUGUAUUGUCAGACCUGAAGGCUUGAGGUACUGGAGUUCAGUGAGUGUCCUUGUUCACUGGUGGCCUCGCGGGGAACACAGGUCUCAGGUCUGAGCUAGUAGCUGUGUCAGCCACCCCUAGGCCGCUCCUGGUCCUGAGGAGGCAGCGCCUUGCUCACCUGGGUUUCAUGGGUUUCCUUAGUGAUGAGCCAGGAGGAUGGUGGAACUUGCAUUUUAUUCCAUGCCUGUUUGUCCUUAGUGUUUCUAUGGGGUCUGGCCAACAGCCAGACAUGCUGGGAUUACAGUAUACAGUACAUUUUCCAAAUUAUUGUUUGCCUUAGAGCCUCAAAAAUAGAAGUUUCAGCAGGGGACAGGCACUUUCAACUUUUGCUGUUUGAAAAAUGUACAUUAUUGAAUUUUCUAAAUCUCCAGAGCUCAGCCUGUUUUGUGGCCUCUACCAAACUAAGGUUCACUGAGCUACUGGGUACUUUGAGAACUCUGUAUUGGGUUUCUUGUGAUGAGGUUUGGGGGAUGCUCAGAAAAGCCCCAUGAUGUAACAUCUGUGGCACGGCCUCUGGGCUAGCACUGUCAUAGGGUUGUGAGGUCACUGUCUUGGGGCCAAGUCACAGUGGGUUGACAGGUGGUUAGUUCUCACAAUCACUCCUAGGAGGCUGAAUGCCCAUUAGUCACAGUCACCUAAGGCCACCACAAACAUCUGGGGUCCUCUGAGAUGAUUGGAGAGUGGGGGUCCUGUGAGUUCCAGUUUCUCAAACAUUGAUAUAUCCCAUCUAACCAUGCCUGGGCUGUCCCUCCCACACACCAGUCAGCAUCCUCAGUGCUUGCCUCCACUCAAACUCCCACCGUGUUUGUGACCCAGGUGUGCCCCUUCCCGUGUCCUUUACAGGUUGCUGGCUAGAGAGCUAUAUUAGGGCUGGUUGGUAGAUAGCUAUUUGUUUGCUUUAAAAACAUGGGGACCUGAGUUUGAUCCCAGAACCCGUGUAAAAAGGCUGGGCAUGGUAGCAUAUGCUUGUAAUCCCAGUGCUUGGGGGGUAGGGGGUGCAGAGACAGAUCCCAGGGAUUCUAGGGCCAACCUAAUUGAUAAGCUCUGGGUCAUUUUGAGAAUGGGUCUCAAAAAAGAGAAAUUAAUUCUUUUUUUUUUUCCCUUUGGUUUUUUGAGAUAGGGUCUUACUGUAGCCCAGGCUAACUUGGAAUUCUCUAUGUAGUCUCAGGGUGGUCUUGAACUCACAGCAAUCCUCCUAUCUCUGCCUCUCAAGUGCUGGGAUUAAAGGCAUGUGUCACCACGCCUGGCGAGAAAAUAAUUCUUGAAAAAUGCUGCUUAAA